UCUACCUCCGAGGGUUCACCCGCCCUUGGUUUUCCUUACACCUUCGCCUUUGGCUCCUUUGACCACUCGAAGCCCCACAGCGGGUUCCAGCGGACUUCACCAGCGGACCCAGAAGUGGUGGGUGAAACACAGCCUCUGUUCCUCCUUGAGCCUGUGGGGAGCUGCUGCCUGCCGCCAUCAUGUCUGCUGCAAAUCCUGAGACUCCCAACUCAACCAUCUGCAGAGAGGCCAGCACCCAGUCUUCAUCAGCUGCCGCUAGCCAAGGCUGGGUCUUACCAGAAGGCAAAAUCAUGCCAAACACUGUUUUUGUUGGUGGAAUUGAUGAUAGGACGGAUGAAGCUGAGAUCAGAAGCUGCUUUGGUAGACACGGUUCAGUGAAAGAAGUGAAGAUGAUCACGAAUCGAAGUGGUGUGUCCAAAGGCUAUGGAUUUGUUUCAUUUGUUGAUGACGUGGAUGUCCAGAAGAUAGUAGAAUCACAGAUACAUCUCCAGGGUAAAAAGCUGAAGCUGGGCCCUGCAAUCAGGAAACAAAAGUUCUGUGCUCGUCAUGUGCAGCCAUGUCCUUUGGUAUUUAAUCCUCCUCCUCCACCACAGUUUCAGAACGUCUGGAGGAAUCCAAACACUGAAACUUGCCUGCAGCCCCUAAUCACGCUGAAUCCUGUAACUCAGUACGUUCAGGCUUAUCCUGCUUACCCAAAUUCAGCAGGUCAGGUCAUCACUGGAUAUCAGUUGCUUGUAUAUAAUUAUCAGGCACAUCCUACUUACCCAAAUUCAGCAGUUCACGUCAUCACUGGAUAUCAUUUGCCUGUGUAUAAUUAUCAGUCUGCUGCAAAUCCUGAGACUCCCAACUCAACCAUCUGCAGAGAGGCCAGCACCCAGUCUUCAUCAGCUGCGGCUAGCCAAGGCUGGGUCUUACCAGAAGGCAAAAUCAUGCCAAACACUGUUUUUGUUGGUGGAAUUGAUGAUAGGACGGAUGAAACUGAGAUCAGAAGCUGCUUUGGUAGAUACGGUUCAGUGAAAGAAGUGAAGAUAAUCACAAAUCGAAGUGGUGUGUCCAAAGGCUAUGGAUUUGUUUCAUUUGUUGAUGAUGUGGAUGUCCAGAAGAUAGUAGAGUCACAGAUACAUCUCCAGGGUAAAAAGCUGAAGCUGGGCCCUGCAAUCAGGAAACAAAAGUUCUGUGCUCGUCAUGUGCAGCCAUGUCCUUUGGUAUUUAAUCCUCCUCCUCCACCACAGUUUCAGAACGUCUGGAGGAAUCCAAACACUGAAACUUGCCUGCAGCCCCUAAUCACGCUGAAUCCUGUAACUCAGUACGUUCAGAUGCCACCACAGCGGCCUGUUGGGGAGCAAAGGAGUUAUGCUGUACCUCAGUCUGCUGCAAAUCCUGAGACUCCCAACUCAACCACCUGCAGAGAGGCCAGCACCCAGUCUUCAUCAGCUGCGGCUAGCCAAGGCUGGGUUUUACCAGAAGGCAAAAUCAUGCCAAACACUGUUUUCGUUGGUGGAAUUGAUGAUAGGACGGAUGAAACUGAGAUCAGAAGCUGCUUAGGUAGAUACGGUUCAGUGAAAGAAGUGAAGAUAAUCACAAAUCGAAGUGGUGUGUCCAAAGGCUAUGGAUUUGUUUCAUUUGUUGAUGACGUGGAUGUCCAGAAGAUAGUAGAGUCACAGAUACAUCUCCAGGGUAAAAAGCUGAAGCUGGGCCCUGCAAUCAGGAAACAAAAGUUCUGCGCUCGUCUUGUGCAGCCACGUCCUUUGGUAUUAAAUCCUCCUCCUCCACCACAGUUUCAGAACAUCUGGAGGAAUGCAAACACUGAAACUUGCCUGCAGCCCCUAAUCACGCUGAAUCCUAUAACUCAGUACGUUCAGGCUUAUUCUACUUAUCCAGAUUCACCAGAUCAAUUUAUAUCUAUAAAUUCCGUCAUCCCUGGAUAUCAGUUGCCUGUAUAUAAUUAUCAGGCAUAUCGUACUUAUCCAAAUGCACCAGUUCAGGUCAUCACUAGAUAUCAGUCGCCUGUAUAUAAUUAUCAGGCUUAUUCUACUUAUCCAGAUUCACCAGGUCAAUUUACAUCUAUAAAUUCCGUCAUCCCUGGAUAUCAGUUGCCUGUAUAUAAUUAUCAGGUAAUUGAAGAGGGAGUAAAAUGGUUUACUUUCAGCUACUAUUGA